AUGGCGUAUUUAAGUGUUCUGCUGUGUCUGCUGUUACCGGCGUUCGGUCUCCUGUACUACUAUGUGAAGCAAAUGUAUCGCUACUGGUCGGAGCGAAACGUGCCCCAGCUGGAUGCAGCGUUUCCGUUCGGCAACAUGAAGGGCGUGGGAACGAAAAUACACGUCAACGAUGUGAUGGACGUGGCGUACAAGAAGGGCAAAUCGCUUGGAACAGUAGCUUGCGGGAUGUACUUCAUGCUCAAUCCCACCCUGAUCGCGACGGAUCUGGACUUUGCAAAGCGUAUCUUGGUGAAGGACUUCAAUAGCUUCCACGAUCGUGGAUUGUACGUGAACGAGCGCGAUGAUCCGCUGUCCGGCCAUCUGUUUGCGCUGGACGGUGAGCGCUGGCGGUACCUGCGCAACAAGCUUAGCCCGACGUUCACGUCCGGCAAGAUCAAGCAGAUGUUUACCACGAUCUGCGAAAUAGGCGAUGAGUUUCUCGCCUCGGUAGGCAACUACGCGGACCAGAAGAAACCGAUCGAUAUCAAACUGCUGAGCCAGUGCUUCACCUGCGACGUGGUGGGCUCGUGUGCGUUUGGGCUUAAGUGCAAUUCGCUCAAGAACGAGGGCUCGAAGCUGCUGGAGAUUGGGGACAAGGUCUUCAAGCCAUCUCCUUGGCGCAACAUGCUCCUUUUCCUGCUUAUAACGUUCAAGAAGCUGGCCCGAACGCUGCAUAUGGCGGCAAUGCCGUCCGAGGUGGGUGCAUUCUUUAUGCCUCUGGUGCGGGACACCGUUGAGACGCGCGAGAAAAACCUCAUCGAGCGGCCCGACUUCCUGAACCUGCUAAUACAGCUCAAGAACAAGGGAACGGUUGAGGAUGAGGCAUCGGAUUCGCUCGAUAAGCUCACGCUUGAUGAGGUGGCGGCACAGGCUUUCGUGUUCUUCUUUGCCGGGUUCGAGACGUCAUCGACAACUCUCUCGUUUGCGCUGUUCGAGCUCGCCAAUAAUCAGGAAAUUCAGGAGCGCGUGCGUGAUGAGGUACUAGAGAAGCUAAAGCUGCACGAUAACAAGAUUACAUACGAUGCCCUUAAAGACAUGACUUAUCUCGAUCAGGUCAUCAAUGAGACAUUGCGCAUGUACCCUCCCGUUGCACAACUGAUACGAGUUGCCACACAGCCGUACCACGUAGAGACGAUGAACUUUACCUUGGACAAGGGAAAGAUGGUGAUGAUUCCGAUCUACUCCAUUCACCAUGAUUCUACCAUCUACCCCGACCCGGAGCGCUUCGAUCCGGAUCGGUUCAGUUCGGAAGCGGUACAUGCGCGCCACACGCACGCCUUCCUGCCGUUCGGUGAUGGACCGCGCAACUGUAUCGGCAUGCGGUUCGGGCUACUGGAGGUUAAGUUUGGCAUCGUGCAGAUGCUGAGCAAGCUGCGGUUCAGCGUAAGCCCUCGCAUGCAAAUGCCGAUCAGAAUUUCCAUAAGCUCUGCAGUUUUGGAAGCGGAAGGAGGCAUCUGGCUUGAUGCUACCAGGCUGAAUGAAGCGAAGUGAUUAUUAUCAUACCGAUGAUGAAAAACGAACAUCCAAAUUGAAAUGAGAUAUAUUUCGUUGUGGCAGAAUUUGCCACUUAUCGCCAAUUUAUGUUACAGUUCAGAUAACACCGACGGAUCAUUUGUGUUCGUUACGUUCGUUAUCAACGUUACUUCUACACACAACGUUCUGCACUUAUUGCUUAGUGUGUUUACAAAAUAGAUCAAAAUACUCGCAAGCAGGAUGUGUUUGCCUUUCCAACAACUGCAAAUAUCUUGUCAACAAAUGACAAAAAAAAAACAUAAUAAAAUAUAUUGAAAUGAGAAGGAAAUUUAGCUUACAUCGUCCUGUCCGUAAAACUGAUGGUUUGAUUAAUUUGAAAUAAUUGGUAGAAGUAUUUAAGUUUGCAUUUUACUUAUCAGUUUGUAAUUUGUUAACUUAAUAACUCCCAUAUAGUAAACAAUUUGCAAGCUGUUUUGCAAAUGAAAGCAAUAUAACUCUUUGUGAGCGUAGCUCAGCUAAGAAAGCCUUCUAUUAAAAGUCUU